CUCCUCAGUCUUUCCUGGCCUCUCGACGGAACCGGUGCGUUUUCCAAAAUAAAACUACAUAUUGUUGUACUAUCUAAAACUACGGAAAAGUGAGAGUGGAAAGGUGUGUGGAAGCUGUUCUAUAAGGAUUGGAUUAGGGCUGCAGAAUGUGGGCGGCGAAAUAUGUUUUAUGCGCGCUAGCAUGCGUUGCAUUUGCUUCAGCAUCUCCAAGCUCUGGGCGAAAAAGGAAAAAUGUUAUGGAUAUUCCAGAGGACCCCCUAGUUCCUGUCUCUGUGGCUGCUACCUUGGACAUGAGCUGUUCGGCGGCCAAAAUCCUCCCACCGGAGAUUAGCCACGGUAGGGUGUCCCUUUUCGAUCGACGCAGGAGGGGCAAGAAGGUCUUCCUCGUGGCAUUUUUCGUGUGCGAUGAUAACUACGAAUUUGAAUCCGGAAACUCGGAAAUGUUUUGCUCGAACCAAAAGUGGGUGGGUGAAAUACCCACCUGCAUUCCCCAGCAUGAUUAUGUGGAACCAGAUGAAAAAAUGGAAUCGUAUGAGGACUACAAUGCGUACGACAGUGAUAUCGAGGAAAGCGGGAUUGACGAGGAGGAGGAUCCAGAGGAUAGUGAAUGGGAACCACCAUCACCAACACCGCUACUGGAUUCCAAAUCCAGGCCAGAAAUGGAAAAUGAUAAUGAAGAGAACAAGAUUGUGCCUAAUGACGAUGAGGAUGAGAAGCCAGGCGAUAGCGAAAGGAAACCACCGCCGCCACCACCACCACCCGUAGUGGAUGGAGCCGAAUCCAGGCCUGAACCAGAUAUAGUUAUCGACAUUGGUGAUGGUCCAGCGAAUGAAAUCGUUGAACCAGAACUUCCCAAGAAUUUGGCUGAAAACGAAACUCCACUGGAACCCGAAGUGCAUACUGAUGUACUGAACUCUGGCAAUGCAUCUGUUGAGACCACCAAAGAUCCCUAUGAGCCAACACUCUUGGAUAACAAUUGUGGAGAAGACAAUGGCGGCUGUGAGCAGAUUUGCAAGCGAUUGCUUUAUCCAGAUGAAAACCAGCCCGUCAAUAAAUGCGAUUGUCGAGAAGGUUAUACCCUGGAUCCUACCGAUUACGCUAGCUGUCUUGAUAUCGACGAAUGCCUGGAAUCGAAUGGUGGUUGCUCGGAAAUUUGCGAAAAUCUUCCAGGAGAAUAUAAAUGUAGCUGUCAAGAAGGUUAUUACUUAGAUGAUUCAGGAAUGAAUUGUGCUGACAUUGAUGAAUGUGCCAAUUCCGAGCUGUCAUCCGAUUGCCAUGGUGGUUGCGAGAAUCUGCCUGGCUCUUAUCGCUGUGUGGAGCCGCUGGUGGAGAAGCCUGAUACCACUGAAGUCGUGGAGAAUCCCAUCGAGGAGGGCAAUGAAAUCCCAGAGAAAAGUUCCGAAGUACAACCCGCUGGAAAAUCAUGCAAUUCUGGCUUUCAACUGUCCGCCGACGGCACUGAUUGCCAGGACAUUAAUGAGUGCGAAGUAGAAGGUCCGGAGGAUCUCGAUAAUAACGCGGUCUGUCAGCAAAAGUGCGAGAAUACAAUUGGAUCAUUCCGUUGUUCCUGCGCUGAGGGAUAUCACCUGCUCGAGGAUCAGCGAAGCUGUGCCUGGGAUACCUGUGCGGACCUGGAGAAACCCCAAUUGAAUCGCACUCGAUGUGCCCACGAAUGCCAGGACUUGCCGGAGGGAAGCUACCGAUGCGUGUGUCCCAAGGGCUAUGAACUAUCAGAAAAUCAGCAUUCCUGUUUGGUGCAAGAGUCUCCUUGCACCACAGAAAAGGGAGCUGAGAAGUGCUCUCCGGGAACCUGUCUAGCCAGUGAGGAUAAUGCCAGCUUCAGUUGCAUUUGCCCAACGGGUUAUCGCAGUGGGGUAUCCAGUUGCCAGGACAUUGAUGAGUGCGCAGAGGACAUGCAUCUUUGCAGUCACACUUGCCAGAAUACACCCGGUGGCUAUCAGUGCCAGUGUCCCGAGGGACUCAACCUGGUCGAGGAGUACACCUGCUUGGCCGAGAAUCUAUGCGAGGUGAACAACAAUGGUUGCGAACAGAUAUGCCUCACUGCUCGCGGCGGUAGCUGCUCCUGUCGCGAGGGAUUCAGGUUGAGUGCCGAUGGCAAGAGCUGCGAGGACGUGGACGAGUGUCUGGUAAAUAACGGUGGCUGCCAGCAGGUGUGCCGGAAUCUUCAAGGUUCGUAUGGGUGUAUAUGCGCCGCCGGCUAUGAGCUCCUUAAGCUGGAUGGCAUACGCGGCUAUUGCUUCGACAUCGACGAGUGCUCGCAGGGAACUCAUGGGUGCAGCGAUCAAAUGCUUUGCGAGAACCUCAAUGGUUCGUACACGUGCCUCUGCCCACCGGGAUAUGCCCUGGGCUUGGAUAACCACAUAGUCACAUCACUAAACACCACAUUCAUUACUGAUUCAACCUCAUCCGAUGCCCCAUCUCCGCCUGCAUGCUUGGACAUUGAUGAGUGCUCCCUGGCCAAUGGGAAUUGCUCCCACUUUUGCCAGAAUGAGCCAGGUGGCUUCCUGUGCGCCUGUCCUUUGGGAUAUGCCUUAUCAGAGGACAUGCGCACCUGCCAGGACAUUGAUGAGUGCCUCGAUAGCAAUGGCCAGUGCUCGCAGCUCUGCUUGAAUCAGCCUGGGGGAUUUGCCUGCGCUUGUGAAACGGGUUUCGAGCUAACCCCAGAUGGAUUCGGUUGCUCCGACAUUGAUGAGUGCUCGCAGGACUAUGGAAACUGUAGCGACAUUUGCAUCAAUCUUUUAGGUACCCAUGCCUGUGCCUGCGAAAGAGGCUAUGAACUGGCCAAGGACAAGCAAAGUUGCCAGGAUGUGGAUGAGUGUGCCGGCCUUCUAUCCGGCGGUUGCAGCCACGAGUGCAUCAAUAAGGCAGGUACCUUCGAGUGCGGCUGUCCGUUGGGUUACAUUCUCAACGACGAUGAACGCAGCUGUCGUCCCGCUCUGGUGGGUUGUCCACCGGGCACUCAGCGAUCCGCCGAGGGAUGUGCUCCAAUUGAAUGUAAACCGGGCUUUAUCCUGGGAUCGGACGACAAGUGUGUGGACAUCGAUGAGUGCCAGCAGAAAAACGGUGGCUGCUCGCAUCGCUGCUCCAAUAGCGAGGGUUCAUUCAAGUGCAGCUGUCCACCGGGCUAUAAGCUAGAUAGUGAUCAAAAGACUUGCCAGGACAUCGAUGAGUGUGCUCAGGACAAGACUAGCUGUGUCACCGGAAAGUGUAUUAAUGAAAUUGGGGGCUUCCGUUGCGAGUUCCCUAGGUUCCCUGUUUUGCCGGAUAUUCCCACAGCUUCAUCACUGCCUGAAUCGCCCAAGCCCGAAGACAAGAGGCCCAAGUAUCCUGAUUUCAACGAGCUGUCCAAUGAAAUACCCGAGCAGCCGAAGAAGCCAGUGUUCGAUUUCCCAGAGACCAGUUUUACAUCUUUGCCUAAGUGGGGAGAUCUUCCAAAGCUUCCGCCGCUUGAUGAUAUAACUACCACGAAGGCACCCGUUCCCCAGCUUCCUAAAGUGCCCAAAAACACGUGGGUUAAUCAGCUGCAACCUAGGGAUCUGUGCCCUCGGUUCCAGGCUCCCCGUAAUGGCAAGUCCCACUGCAACAGGUAUCGCCAUAAGCAGAAGCUCUUCUACAACAGUCGCUGCCGAAUUUCCUGCAAUCCUGGCUAUGUUCUAGAGGGUCCUGCGACCAAGAGCUGUGGCGCCAAUGGAAUUUGGGAGGGUCCCGAGACCAAGUGUGUUGCCCUCAACCAACCUCGCGUGCAGAGUCCUGGAAUCUGUCCCGCUCUAAAGCCCGCUCAAAAUGGAGCUAUAUUCCCAGCGAGCUGCACUCAGGGUCCAUCCCGAUUUGGAGACAUUUGCCAACUUCAGUGCAAUGCUGGCUUCAUGCCCACCGGAUCCAUGUUGACCGCCUGCAUGGUGUUGCAAGGCUGGUCGUUCGGUACUGAUCUGAACUGUCAGCCAUUUGGCUACAAUCGGCUUGGAAAUUCUAAUGGAUUAUUCCUGAAGGAUAAUUCCUUGCAGUGGAAUUCUCCGGAAACAGUGAUGCCUCAUCAAAUUCAGAAGGUGCAGCCAAAUAGGCCCUUUAUUAGGUGCCCGGAAAAUGUUGUAAUCUUACUGCAUGCCGGUGAGCAGAAGGCUCAUGUGACACUUCAAAGACCAGAAACAAAUCUUAAGAAUGGCCAAUUGGUCGCCCAUCCCGCUUGGGCAGGUCAACUUCAGGGUCAUCUGCCAGCUGGGGUCCAUAAGGUCGACUUCAGAGUUAGCGAUCCGGAGACCAAACUAACAAUUGGAUGCCACACAAUAAUUACUGUUAAGGCAGCAACACCUAGAGAGUCAAAUCCAUUUAUCUCUUCGGGAACAGCUGAAUAUUUAAGAUCAUCACUUCCAAGACCGGCGCCAUUUGCGACCUUAUCCACAAAAAUGUCAUACUCAUUUCCUGCAUUCAGAUCCCUGGCAUCAACUCCAAAACCAGUUUCCUUUACCAAUUUUCAAAUUUCCCCAGAUUCUGAGACAUUACCCUACUUGAAACAAGAGUCCCUUUCCCGGGAAUCACCCUCCAAGCCAGUAAGCUUCGGUUCAUUUGCCACACACAGUUCACUUCGCCAGUCGGAAUUUCCUAGUUUCAGUUUCCCAGAUGCUGGGUCAUCUUCCCACUCCAGCCUAGAGCCCUUUUCCUCCAGGUCAGCCAAGCUAAUAAGUGCUGUUCCUGCUCCUGGCGAAAGCACACGGGUGGAUUUGGGUUCGGAUACCACCAACUAUUGUCCCCCAUCCAUCGAAGUAUAUCUAAAGGAGCACCAGAACCUGCGGUCAGUGGUGUGGGAUGAGCCACGAUUCGAGGGCAAACUCCUUAAAAUCUAUAAGUCACAUUUUCCGGGUUCUUUGUUUAAAGUCGGCGAUCACGCAAUCAAAUACGAAGCCACCACCACCGAUGGGAAAACUUUAAGUUGCACAUUUUUCGUUUACGUCAGGUCUGCCAAGCCCACUCCUGCACCCAUCGAACCCAAGAUCAGUUUUGAUUCCGAGCCCGAGAUUCCCUCCGAUGGUCCCGAAACCUAUGUUGUCUGUCCGGAUAAGGAGCCCGUCCGGGUGACCACCGAAUCAGUAAGUCUGCCCGUUGGUUGCACCCUGAAGAAUGUACGUCCACAAUCGAGUUCCCCAAAACAACUGAAGCGGGGCAAGCUCACUUCUCUUUGGCAUCAUUACACAAAUUUCUGAUGUCCGAAACGAUUAUGUAAUUGUGGUGUGUAAUACUUGAUGCACAGUUUAUACCAAUAUUUUUGUACGACUUUUGUAUGCUU